GUUUGAUUCGGUAAUAUGACUUUCAUAAUAACCCUUUGAUUCGAUAAAACAGAUAGAAAUUUUGAUUCUUCCACUAUCUCGAGGACGAAGAGAGGAAGAAAUAAGGGAUUGUUGUAUUCUUCCGAUCUCUGUGAGAACCCUAAGAGGGUCAUGGAGUUUUUCUGAUCAGAUGUGUUGUUGGAUAGACGAUUAGGUAGAGAAGAGAAGAAACAUGAUGAACACUUGUAAUGGAAUGGUAUCAGCGCCACCUUCCUCCUCUUCACCUGCCGCGAAUCCUCAGUCGCCGGGGAUUAAGACUUAUUUCAAGACGCCUGAAGGCAAGUACAAGCUCCACUACGAGAAGACGCAUUCAUCCAGCCUCUUUCACUACGCUCAUGGCAAAACCGUUACUCAGGUAACUCUAGCUCAGCUUAAGGAAAGAGCUGCUCCUUCCACUCCGACUGGUACUUCGUCCGGUUACAGUUCCAGUAGUGGAUUCCGUUCUGCGACAGCGAGAUUGCUAGGCACUGGAAAUGGGAACCGUGCGCUUAGUUUCGUUGGAGGUAAUGGAAGUGGCAAAAAUGUGAGUACAAGUUCAAGGAUUAGUGGCUCCUUUGCUGCUUCUAAUUCUAGCACUUCUACGACGAAUACAAACUUUGAUGGGAAAGGAACUUACUUGGUUUUCAAUGUGGGUGAUGCUAUUUUUAUCUGUGACUUGAACUCACAAGACAAGGAUCCAGUAAAGUCUAUCCAUUUCAGUAAUUCAAACCCUAUGUGCCAUGCUUUUGAUCCGGAUGCUAAGGAUGGACAUGAUUUACUUAUUGGGCUCAAUUCUGGGGAUGUGUACACUGUAUCGCUGAGACAGCAGUUACAAGAUGUCUCUAAGAAGCUAGUUGGAGCACUGCAUUAUAACAAGGACGGCUCUGCGAAUAACAGCCGUUGUACAAGUAUUGCUUGGGUGCCUGGAGGUGAUGGAGCAUUUGUCGUUGCUCAUGCCGAUGGCAAUUUGUACGUGUAUGAGAAGAACAAAGAUAGUGCCACGGAUUCAACGUUUCCUGCUAUAAAAGAUCCUACACAAUUUUCAGUUGACAAAGCAAAAAAUAGCAAGAGUAUUCCUGUUGCGAGAUGGCAUAUCUGUCAAGGUUCAAUCAACAGCAUUGCAUUCUCAAAUGAUGGUUCACACUUGGCUACUGUUGGAAGAGAUGGUUAUCUUCGCAUUUUUGACUUCUCAACCCAGAAGCUAGUAUGUGGUGGAAAAAGUUAUUACGGUGCUCUGCUAUGCUGUUCUUGGAGUAUGGAUGGAAAGUACAUUUUGACUGGAGGUGAAGAUGACCUGGUUCAAGUCUGGAGUAUGGAUGAUCGGAAGGUCGUGGCGUGGGGUGAGGGGCAUAACUCGUGGGUAAGUGGAGUAGCGUUUGAUUCCUAUUGGUCGUCACCAAAUACAGAUGGAUCAGGAGAGCAUAUCAUGUACCGGUUUGGAUCAGUUGGUCAGGACACACAGAUACUUCUCUGGGACCUGGAAAUGGACGAGAUAGUGGUACCACUUAGGCGACCUCCUGGAGGAUCACCCACUUACAGCACGGGAAGCCAAUCCGCUCACUGGGACAAUGUCAUACCAGUGGGUACUCUUCAACCCGCUCCUUGCAAGCGUGAUGUUCCAAAGCUCUCGCCGGUCAUAGCUCACCAUGUGCACACCGAGCCCCUCUCCGGCUUGAUGUUCACACAAGAAUCUGUGGUUACGGCUUGCCGAGAAGGGCAUUUAAAGAUCUGGACAAGGCCUAGUGCCUCAGAAACCCAAGCCAACAGCUCAGAAGCAAAUCCUGCAAUUGCUCUGUUGAGCACAAGCUUCCCCAAAGACAACAAAGGUUCGCUGAGCAGUAAGAUCGGUGGUUCUAGUUUAAAGUCAUAACAGAGAUCAUACCGUCCGAAAAUCAGAGAGAUCAAAAUCUGAAAUCUGACUGUAUAUUGGAGGCUCUGACAAACUUGUGGGCGAUAGAGAAGGAGAAGAUUGGGUGAGAGACUAAAGAGAAUUUCUGAUGUAAUUAUAAGAAAGUGUUUUGUUUUUAGAGUUUAUGCCCAAAAAGACUUUCAUAAGCUAAUAAUGAAACACUUUGGUGCUUCAGAUGAAGACAUUCUUUAUUUUC